AUGCGCACGCCGGGGACGCUGCGCUUGGCCGGGCCGGCCGCCGCCUUAUGCCUGCUGGUCCUGCAAGUGGACGCCUAUUUCGGGUCAGCGGCGCUUCCCUCCGUCCGGGGCCUCGGGGGGAUCUUUCGGGUCCUUUCCUGCGCCCUGCCCGGUCCAGUCCUCCGCGCGGGGCGAGCGCUUCUGCGCCUCGCCUCGCCUCGCCACCCACCCCGGCUCCCCGCCUCGGUUCCCUUUCGCUUUCUCUCUCUUUUCCCUUUUCACUUCUUUGGUCCUCUCGCCAAGCGCACCCCGGGCUUGUUUCCUCGGUCUCGCUGUCGUAUCGCCGCUUCUCCGCUUAGCCCCGCCGGCCAGCCUUCGCUCUUCUGGCUCUCAGCCUAUCGAGCUUCUGGUUUAACUGCCUUGUGGGCUACCAGCAGGGAGUCAGGCCCGUGGCUUGCACUGGGGCUGCUUAGGGUCUUGCUGGAAGCUGCCUGCGCGGGUUAUUCCGGGGCUGUGCCCGCGCUCGGGGCAGAAGCAACUCCCGAUAUACUGUGGAUUUGGUUGCUUAAGGGAGCUACAAUCUUAACAGCAGCUGCUUUCUUUGGGCUGACUAGGAAGGAAGCAUUAAUUCAAUUUCCUCUGCUGGGGACCUCUAUGAACCCUGCUUAUGGCAAGGCUCACUUGAAGCAAUGUGAUCUGCUAAAGCUGUCCCAUAAGCAGAAGAGACUUUGCCGUCGGGAGCCAGGGCUGGCUGAGACUCUGUGGGAUGCCAUCCGGCUUGGGAUCAUCGAGUGUCAGUAUCAGUUCCGUAAUGAGCGCUGGAACUGCAGCCUGGAUGGGAGGACCAAUCUCCUGGAUCGAGGCUGUAAAGAAACAGCCUUUCUCUAUGCAGUGUCUUCGGCAGCGUUGACCCACUCCCUGGCUCGGGCAUGCAGUGCAGGACGGAUGGAGCGCUGCACAUGUGAUGACUCUCCAGAUUUGGAGAACCGCAAGGCGUGGCAGUGGGGUGUGUGCGGAGACAACCUCAAGUUCAGCAUCAGGUUCCUGAAGAACUUCCUAGGCCAAAAGAAGGUUGGGAAAGAUCUGCAGGCCCAAGUGGAUAUCCACAACACUAACAUGGGCAUCAAGGCUGUGAAAAAUGGUUUGAAGACGACUUGCAAGUGCCACGGUGUUUCUGGCUCAUGCGCUGUGAGAACCUGCUGGAAACAACUGUCCCCUUUCCACGAGACAGGGAAGCUCCUCAAGUUGCGCUAUGACCAUGCUGUCAAAGUUUUCAGCACCUCCAACGAUGCCGUGGGCCACUCAGAACUAGCACGCCUCCAGCACCACAGCCGCUUGUCCAAAGGACUGUCUGCUCCCCGCCCCACAGACCUAGUUUACAUAGAGGACUCUCCUUCAUUCUGCUCACCCAGCAAGUUUUCAAUGGGCACCACUGGAAGGACAUGUUCCCGCGAGGUCAACUGUGACAGCAUGUGCUGUGGCCGGGGGUACAACACCCAGACCCGCAUGGUCACCUUUUCCUGCCACUGCCAGGUGCAGUGGUGCUGCUAUGUGGAAUGCCAGCAGUGCAUGCAAGAAGAGGUGGUUUACAGCUGCAAGUAG